AUGGUAUUGGAGGGUGCAAUGGCAAUAAAUGAGGUCAUUGGGGAGAACGAAACUGAAAAUGGUGGAAAUGGAUUCAAUUGGACGGAUUGGGUUGAAGAUGUUAAUUUUGAAAAUGUCGAAAACAUAGUUGCUGAUUUGUGUGAACCUAGCAACGAAGAGGAACCGUACUCUGCGCCAAAUAUGCAUCGUCAUGGGGACAACAAUUUCGAACCCUCCACUGUGCAGUGUAGACAAGUGCAAUCUGAAUCUUCUCGACAAUCAAUUUUGACUGGAAUGCACACAAGCCGGAUUGAUUUGAUGCAUGGUCAGAGUUUGAAACAGAUUGAUUAUGGUGGAGGCCUUUGUUGCAUAAAUUGGGAAGCAAAUUUUAAGGUUGGCCGAGUUUUUCCAGAUAAGCAAGUUCGGGCAUAUAAAAUUGGAUUACAUGAGUUUAGGGUUGUUAAAUAUGAUCCGUUUCAUGAAUGUGAUCUAAGGUAUGUAACCAGUCACCAUCCUCAAGCUACGACUGGACUGCUGUCCGAUAGUGUGAAUUGGAGAUUCAAGGAUUCGUGCACCAUUUAUACUCCAGCUGAUAUCAAGAAAGAUGUGAAAACAAAUUUUGGGGUGACCAUAAGCUAUGCUACAGCGUGGAGAAGCCGAGAGUUAGCUUUCAAAACAAUUAAAGGGUCUGCAGAACAGUCAUAUUCCCGUCUCCCUUCGUAUUGUUAUGAAUUGGAGCAUACAAAUCCUGGAACUUUGACAUACAUUGAGACUGAUGCAACUGACCACUUCUUAUAUUUUUUUAUGUCAAUUGGUGCAUGCAUAAGAGGAUUUCAGUUGUCAAUGCGCCCUGUCAUUGCCGUUGAUGCUACGCAUUUGAAGUGCAAGUAUAAAGGUGUUUUGUUUGUUGCGACCGCAUUUGAUGGAAAUCGUAAUUUAUAUCUUAUUGCCUUUGGGAUUGGAGAUUUGGAGACGGAUGCAGCGUGGGAGUGGUUUUUGACAAAACUACAUUAUGCAAUUGGGCAAUAUGAAAGCCUCAUUUCGCUUGAAGCAGCGGGAUCUAAUAUUUUGGUAUUUUGUAAGGGCAGCGAAGUCAUAUCGUCUGGGGGAGUUCAAUCGUCACUUCUCCAUGAUAACAAUGACCGAGUGCGAACUUAUCUAGUAUGUGCAGGCCUCCAGAAGUGGUCUCGAGCCCAUUGUGAUGGACGACGAUAUAAUGUGAUGACAACAAUUAUUGUGGAGUCCAUAAAUUCAGUUCUUCGUUUUGCAAGGAUACUUCCAGUGGUACACUUGAUUGACGAAAUUACAAAUAUGCUUCUGUAUUGGUUUAGUCAACGUCGAGAUUUAGCAAGGAAAUGUCAAUCUACGUUGUGCCCUGAUUUAGGCGAAAAGAAGUUAAGGAAGAGGUUAGAUGCUGCUUCAAGGAUGAAUGUGGUCAAAAUCAAUGAUGGGGAGUAUAAUGUUCUGGAUGGUGAUAUGAACGGGCUGGUGAACUUGCAAAAUUGUAAUUGUACAUGCAGGAAGUUUGACUUAGAGCAACUCCCGUGCAAGCAUGCUAUUGCAGUAUGUCGACACUUGAAAUUGAACCCCGACUCCUUGACCUCUUCGUAUUACACACGAGCAACAUGGGCAGCUGCAUAUGCUGAAUCCAUUUAUCCUGUACCACCUCAAGGGACAUGGGUUAUUCCCGAACAUUUGCACAAUAUAAAAAUCAUCUCUCCUCUUUCUAAGGUUAUGACAGUGCGUCGUAAAACACGAAGAAUACCUUCUAAAGGAGAGGACUAG